AUGAUCUUGUUGCAAGGAAUGCUACGGCUACAUCAAGUAGUGAUUCUUUGUGGGGUCGUCAUUGCGCAGCCUUCUGGAAUGUCGUCUUCUAGCAGUGUUAGUGAAAGUACUAGUACUACUGAAAGUCUGUUUGAUUUGAUUGGCACGUAUGCAUACAACAGACAAUCUCAAGAGAUGGAGCAAGAAGAAGAAGGGAUGUUUCCUCCCUUUGGCAUUGUGGAACAUUACGCCCUUUCAUGGUCUCUUGUCAUGACUUUCUCCAAUCAUCAACACAUGCCCAUGACAAAGACAUCUGAAAAACUACAUGUACAUGUACCAUCACUGCCAGUGGAGAAUCUGCUGAAUGAGUAUUUGUACUGGGAUCAUGGCAGCAGGAGUCGCUUCCAGUUCAGGCUUCGCUUGAGCUGUCCCUUGGCAACUCGUCUUGUCAUGGGACUCGUAGAUCAGCAGGGAAGAAAAUACACGUCCACACAAUCCAAGUCGCAAGCCAAUUUGGACUCAGACUCUAUUGCCUGUGGACCCCCCAUUGACAUGAGUAGAAACGUACUCGUCUGUAGGGGUAUUCCAAGUACUGAAAACAACCGUAACAGGUUCAACCACAGCUCAUACCAAUUUGUCUUUCACACGUCGUUCCAAGUCACUUGUCUUGCAUACAGCUACAACAUAAACCACCCUGACAUCAACAUACCAAGUCUAGGACUUUCCAUGAGCACCCCAAAGCAAAAAAUCAGAGCGAAAACCAACCUUGUCUUUACAGAAUCUUUCUUUGCCACCAAAAUCACAAACUUGACACAAUUCUUGGAUCCAGCAGCUGCCGUACAAUCGACACAACGACAACAGCAAAAGCAACAACCCUCUGAACUCACAUAUUGGAAUGGGGAGACGCAAACUCUUCAUCAGUCAAGACAAAAAACACACAGCCUCACUUUCACAGAUUCAUCCGAUUUCCAAUGCCAACAUAAUGCCAAUUGCCCAACCAUCCAACACACGCAGGGACAGGGAUCGGCCGUUUGUUCGCGGCACAUCACCUGCUAUUACUCCGCACCCUACAAUGAUGGAAGAUGCACAUCCACCGUGGAAUCCAUGUCUCUAUCCUCCGUCGUCAACACUCAAGUCCACCGGAACCGAAAUCUGCAGGUACCGGUACAACAACAUCAGCAGGACAAACAAAAACAUGAUGAUUAUCCAGUCACAGCACUCACCGGAAGCAGAUUCAAUACUACAGCCACAACAACAAGCAGAAGACAAAGACGAAGCCUGUCUCACAUGGUGUUCCAACACGAGACUCGCUAUCGCAUCCUAUGGACAACCACCAAUCUGGGAUGCCACAGCUUUCCUCUUAUGAUGGACAUUGCAUGUUCCAAUGCCCAUUCCAUUCAGUACAUUGGAUCGUCCACGCACCGCCAUCCUGCCAGUGGUACAGGCUCAGGAACUGUGGAAUGCUAUCCAUCACUCUUUCAAGACAAGAUGCUUCACUGUCGUCGAACCAUUCCUCAUUCUGGACAAGCCAAGAAACAACCCUUCUACCAAGAGGUACUCUGGGUGGAUAUUAUAUGCUCCAACAUGUUUCGUCAUGAAGCACACAUGAUGCCCACUGUUGUCACUGUCGAUGUGAGGGAAGCAGCUAAUAUUCAGUGUCAUCAACCACCACCGGACGACGACUUGCACGGCUUCUCGACCACACCGGCUGUUGUCGGAUCGGCUCUCACAGUUGUUCCCGUCACGUUCAGCAACAAUGCCAACAACAAUAACAGUGCUGCUUUUGCCAUGUUCCCACCACCCAGACCCGGAGUAGCAGCCACCAGUGUGACAUGCCUGCGGUGCCAAGAUGGCCAGCCGUUUUACAUCAACUACAACAACAGCAUUGGCAACAAGGUGGCACAAAUGGCCACUGGAUGUCAAAGUUUUGGGUCUUGUCAUGAUGAUACCAUUGAGCUCUCGCAUUCCUCCACCGCGGCCACGACAGAAAAGGAGCAACACCACAUGGGUUAUUAUCAAGUUGCUCCCCAAGGAUGCAUCAACAGAAUUGCUGCCUCAAGGCUCACAUUUCAAGACAACGCCCAUUUCUCUUCUCGGGUUUAUCCAUUGCCAGCAUCAUCGCAGCAACAGCAACCGACAUGUCAAUUUGCACUGAUACCGAUACUUAUUGGACUACUGCUUUGGUUGCAUUAG